ACUUCAUGAGCCAAGAUUUUGCCUCGCAGUUUUGUUUGUUUGUUUAUGGCUGUUAUUGCUUUGCUCUCUGUUCAGGUAUUCCUUUAGAUUUUUUUGUUUUUUGUGGCAAGGAAGGUCAAUUCUGCACUUCUGUUCCUGAGCCGCCAUUGUUCCAUCCCAUCACUUGUGAUUCUGACAACACUGUAGUUGUGGUAAAGGACUCUAAACCGAUGGGGUUGGAGCUACCUUCUGAAAUGUGUGGAGCAACUGGCUGAUGGUUUCCUAGCCUUUCAAAGGUAGCUUACAAAUGAUUUGAAGUUCUGAUCCUUUCUGAGUCACAACAGAUUAUUUCUCUCACAACUCAUAUAUUGCUGUUUAUGCAUGAAUUAGUAGAACCAGGCCAGGUCAAAAACAUUGUAAUUGUACCUGGGAGUUGGCGAGAAACAAGUGCUCUACCUUGAUCCUGCUGCACGAGGAGAAUGGGCUGUGAUCGGAACUGUGGGCUCAUUGCUGGCGCUGUAAUUGGUGCUGUCCUGGCGGUGUUUGGAGGCAUUCUCAUGCCAGUCGGAGACAUGCUCAUUGAGAAGACAAUCAAAAGGGAAGUUGUCCUAGAAGAAGGAACCACUGCUUUCAAAAACUGGGUUAAAACGGGUACCACUGUGUACAGACAAUUUUGGAUCUUUGAUGUGCAAAACCCAGAUGAUGUGGCAAAGAACAGCAGCAAAAUCAAGGUUAAACAGAGAGGUCCAUACACAUACAGAGUUCGUUAUCUGGCCAAGGAAAAUAUAACUCAGGACCCCGAGGACAACACUGUCUCUUUUGUACAGCCCAAUGGAGCCAUCUUUGAGCCUUCACUGUCUGUUGGAACAGAGGAUGACAACUUCACAGUUCUCAAUCUGGCUGUGGCAGCUGCACCACAUAUCUACCCAAAUACAUUUGUUCAAGUUGUACUCAACUCGCUUAUCAAAAAGUCCAAGUCGUCUAUGUUCCAAACACGAUCUUUGAAAGAACUCUUGUGGGGUUACAAAGAUCCCUUCUUGAGUUUGGUUCCAUAUCCUAUAAGUACCACAGUUGGUGUGUUUUAUCCUUACAAUAACACUGUAGACGGAGUUUAUAAAGUGUUCAAUGGAAAGGAUAACAUAAGCAAAGUUGCCAUAAUUGAUUCCUAUAAAGGGAAAAGGAAUUUGUCCUAUUGGCCAAGUUAUUGCGACAUGAUUAAUGGCACAGAUGCAGCCUCCUUUCCACCUUUUGUUGAGAAAUCUCGGACACUGAGAUUCUUUUCCUCUGACAUUUGCAGGUCUAUCUACGCCGUGUUUGGAUCUGAAAUUGACCUUAAAGGAAUCCCUGUGUACAGAUUUGUUCUUCCAGCCAAUGCCUUUGCAUCACCCCACCAGAAUCCAGACAACCAUUGUUUCUGCACUGAAAAAGUAAUCUCCAAUAACUGUACAUCUUAUGGUGUGCUAGACAUUGGCAAAUGCAAAGAAGGAAAGCCUGUGUAUAUUUCCCUUCCACAUUUCCUGCAUGCAAGUCCUGAUAUUUCAGAACCUAUCGAAGGCUUAAAUCCAAAUGAAGAUGAACAUAGGACAUACUUGGAUGUGGAACCUAUAACUGGAUUCACUCUACAAUUUGCAAAACGACUGCAGGUCAACAUACUGGUCAAGCCAGCUAGAAAAAUAGACGCAUUAAAGAAUCUGAAGAGACCUUAUAUUGUACCUAUACUGUGGCUAAAUGAGACUGGGACCAUUGGUGAUGAGAAAGCAGAAAUGUUCAAGAAACAAGUGACUGGAAAAAUUAAACUCCUUGGCCUGGUAGAGAUGGUCUUACUUGGGAUUGGAGUGGUGAUGUUUGUUGCUUUUAUGAUUUCAUAUUGUGCUUGCAGAUCCAAGAAUGGAAAAUAAGUAGAACAAGCCUACAUGAUGCACUCGCUUCAUCUUUGGUAAAACCAAUCUACAAAACGAAGAUUUAAUAUAUGCUUUGUUUUUACUAAACACACCUAUCCUUAGUUGAAGAAAUGGUGGUGUGUGCUCUCUCUUUCUCUCUUACUGCAGAUAUAUAUUUAUUUGUAAAUAUAUAUAUCUGCAAUAAGUCACAGCAUAUUUCAAACAACUUUAUAUGUCACUAUAGCCUAUAUUUUUUAAUGAAAUCUUGAACUUUUAAAAGUCCAUCAUUUGCAACUGAGUGGACUUCAAUUUCUGUAGAACCAAUUAUCUUGUUUGGUUCUGAUUUACUGAUUUGUUCCCUGUUGGCAAAUUUCAAGAAUGUGCAUUCUAAGAAAGUUUUCCUUUCCUCACGGAAGAAAACUCCUAUCAUGUCUGGAGUGGCACCCUUCGUUUAGAGCAAAUAUGGCUUGCAACUGUCAUCACAUGGUAUACUCAUGGCAUCUUUUGAAAGACUUAAGAGUGAAAUAUGAACAAUUCACAUGUGAGUCAUUGCUAAUAAAUUGUUUAAGUCUCUCUUUCUGGAGUCCUUGGCAACAGCAAGGCGAAAUAUCACAGCCAUUUUUUCAUUUUUUUUUUUUUUUUUUUACUUUCUGAUACAGAGCUUUUAUGUUCUGCUCCUCACAAUGAAAUGAAUAUUUUUUAGCAUACUUUAGCUUUUUGUAUUUUAAGUAUGAUGUCAUGUUCCAUGAUGCAUAACUCUUUAAAAAACUGAGGUUUUUCUCUUUCUACUCAGCUGCAACUAAUGCAACCUUGGAGAGCUGUUAUGGUGUUAAAAGAUGUAAAUGAUGAUAAAUGAAUUAUUGUAUGCAAUCUUAUAAAAGCUAGAGUGGGCUUUAAUAUAUAUUUAUGGUAAUAUUGCCUGCUUUCAUAAUCACCCCAUAAAGACUGGUUUCUAACAUUAAAAGAUGUUGUUCCUUAAAUUCAAA